AUGGGGAUAAGUAGGAUGGGAAAUAGAAAAAGAGGCCAGAAGAAGCCAUCUAAGAAAAAAGUAAUUGAAGUGGGUUGCAAAGAAAAAUGUGAAGCUGGACCAAGUGGGAUAUCAAGGAAAACUCAUUCCGUGGAAAAAUCACGCCAAAUUAGUAAUAAUGCUUCCAUGAAGUUGUUUCAAUAUGAUUCUUCAUCAAGGCCAUCUACACCAGACCCAUUUAGUGAUGAUGGAGAGUAUGGUUCCGAUAACGACUAUGAUCCAGGAUAUGAUGAUAAUACAGACAGCACUAGCACUGUUAGUGAUCACACAAAGCAACGUGAAAAGAAACAACUAAAGAAACGUUCCAAGGACAACGCAACGAGGUCACAUGGUAAACGCAACUCUGAAAGCAGUGUAAGUAGCAGCUCUGAUUCUGGCGAUCGAACCGAAGGCUUUAGCGAGUGCACGGAUGUAUGUGAUAGCGAUAACAACGAGGAUGAUACAAAUUCGAUAUCGGCAGAAUCUAGUGAUGAGAGUAUUUUUGACAGUAGAAAGAGAAAAAAGAAGGGGCAGAGUUCCUCUUUAGGAUCAAGAUACAAAAAACCUAAGAUCGCCAGUGCAGAUCAGAGUACCGACACUAUGUCGUUAGAUUCUGAGGCAUUGCUAAAUAAUAUAGAAAAUCUUGAAAGCUCUUCAGUGCAACUCGAUCCUGCAGUAUUAGAAAAUAUCUCAAUUUAUUCACAUAUCGAAGGAAGUCACUCCCAUACUAAUCCACAAAUUCAAGGUGCUGAAGACGACCAUGCUGCUGCAGCUGCUGAGGUUAAUCCCGCGCCUGCCAACCUACGUGCACUGGAACUAGACGCAUCUGCGCAGCGCCACUCUCCUGGUUCUCCUGCACUGGAUCCAGCAGCUGCUGAGGGAAAUCCCGCGCAUGACAACCUACCUGCCUUGGACCUGGAUGUAGCUGCGCAGCACCGCUCUCCUAGCUCUCCUGCACUGGAUCGGGAGGCUGUUGAGGGAAAUCCCGCGCCUAUCAACGUAUCUGCCCUGUACCUGGAUGCAGCUGCACAGCGCCGCUAUCCUGGCUCUCCUGCACCGGAUUCAGCAGCUGCUGAGAGAAAUCCCGCGCCUGACAACCUACCUGCGCUGCACCUAGACGCAGCUGCGCAGCGCCACUCUCCUGGUUCUCCUGCACCGGAUCCAGCAGCUGCUGAGGGAAAUCCCGCGCAUGACAACCUACCUGCAUUGGACCUAGAUGCAGCUGCGCAGCAGCGCUCUCCUAGCUCUCCUGCACUGAAUCGGGAGGCUGUUGAGGGAAAUCCCGCGCCUGUCAAAUUAUCUGCCCUGUACCUGGACGCAACUGCGCAGCGCUGCUCUCUUGGCUCUCCUGCAUCGGAUCCAGCAGCUGCUGAAAGAAAUCCCGCGCCUGCCAACUUAUCGGCCCUGGAUCUGGACGCAGUUGAGCAGCGCCGCACUCCUGGCUCUCCUGUAUCGGAUCCAACGGCUGCUGAGGAAAAUCCCACGCCUUCCAACCUACCUGCUCUGGACCUGGACGCAGCUACGCAGUGCCGCUCUCCUAGCUCGUCUGCAGCAGAUCGGGAGGCUGCUGAGGAAAUUCCCGCGCCAGCCAACCUUCCUACCCUGGACUGGGACGCAACUACGCAGUGCCGCUCACCUAGCUCUUCUGCACCACCAGAACUAAACGCUACUGUAAGAUAUCCAACUCCGGCCAGCACACUUGCACUGGAGGUAGUUGCAGAGCGUGGCUUGUCCGCCUCUCCUGUGCCGGAACGAGAUGCUGCCGAAACGAGUUCUGCGCCUACCAGUCCAUCUGCUUUGGAUCGGGAAGCAUUUGUACAACGCAACCCUUCUAUCUGUCAUGUGCUGGACCCAGAGGCCGCCGAAAGAAACUCCGUGCCUGACACACUCCCCGAGAUAAGUCCAGCGACCAAUUGCAGACCAAGCACUCCUCCACUGAUAAAUUAUGAUUGGGAACACACGAACACAGACAUACCUUCGUUCGAGUUUGAUGAAAGUUCAGCACGUGUCCAGUUUGAAGUCAACCCAGCUAUGACAGUUAUGGAAAUAUUUGAUAAAAUUCUUAAUCCUAAUAUUGUAGACUAUAUUGUAACAUAUUUAGAUUCAAAAGGAAAAGAUAAAAUUGAAAAAUUUAUUAAUGCUAUUACCAAGAGCUUCAUGGAGUGCUAUAAGCCAUACAAACAGUUAAGUUUGGAUGAAUCUUUGCUUUUAUUUAGAGGCCGCCUUGCCUUCAGACAAUAUAUAAAGAGCAAAAAAGUACGUUACGGAAUCAAAUUCUUCGAGUUGACAACUUCUGAUGGCUAUGUUUUAAAUAUAAUGAUGUACUCCGGAAAAGACACAACUGCUCGAACUGGCAAUAAAUCUGAAAAGAUCGUCCUUCGUCUCAUGAGGCCAUAUUUGCUGAAGGGACAUCAAUUAUACAUGGAUAAUUAUUACAAUUCCGUAACACUUUCGCAAAAGCUAGUUGACUUAAAAACUCACACCACAGGUACCUUACGUUCAAACAGAAAAGAUAAUCCCAAAGACAUCAUUAAGAAAAAACUCAAGAAGAAUCAACAUGUGUGGGUACGAAAAAAUAAGGUCUAUGUUUCAAAAUGGGUUGACAAGCGACCAGUUCUUAUGGUAACAACUUCAGUUCAUCCUCGGCUUAUAGAAAUACAAAACAGAUUUCAACAAAGAAAAAUUAAACCCGCAGAAGUGGCAGAAUACAAUCAACACAUGUCCGGAGUUGAUAGAGCAGAUCAAAUGAUCUCAUAUUACUCCUCACCAAGGAAAUCAAUCCGGUGGUAUAAAAAAGUGAUGUUCCACUUGUUGGAUGUCGCAGUUUGGAACUCAUUUUUUAUUUUGAAAAAAAUACUGCCAAGCCAAUUGUGA